AUGGUGAGAACAAGAUCACAUAAGACUUUCGAUGACGAUGAUGAGGUUCAAGUCCAGAAGGUUGUGAAUAUUGGGAAGUCAGAUAUUCUGGAAAUCGGAGAGAGUGAAAAAGAAGACAAAAUUAGUGAAAGUGAAGAGGACAGCGAUGAUGCUCCUGAAGAAGAGUCUUUAUCUGUUACUAAACAGAACAUGAAGAAAAAACAAACAGAACAAGAGAAAAUUUUGAAAGAGAGAAGAGCUCAAGUAAAAGCGAAACAUAGAGAACAAGAAGAAAGAAGGAAAGCUGCAAAGUUAGAACAAGAAAUCAAAAAGUUAGAGAAACAAAAGAAAAAGAUCCAAUCAGAUGAGGAUGAAGUAUUUGACGAAUUACCAGAAGAUUUACUUCAGAAUAUCGAAUUCUCCGCUAAGGACGAAGCUGAAAGUAGAAACAAAAAGAUAGUGUUCAAUGAUACGGAGGAAGACAAAAGAAUAAACAAAUUGAACAAAAGAAGAAAGAGAGAAGAACGUCUCAAUUCUUUGAGGCAAUUAAAUGCCAAAAACGAGAAAGAAGUUGAAGGAGGUAUAUAUAUCAAGAUUUUGAAAGGUAAGAAUAGUGGUAACAUUUCUAACGCAAUCGGAAAUAAAAGAGACGAAUGGUUGAACAGAAAGCGUAUACGUAGAGAAUAA